AUGCAAGAAACCAAAGACCAUGUCAUCACGUACAGAGGAGAGGUCGUCGAAAACCACCAUCAAGUCCACGCCGCAGUCACCGAUGCCACCGGCAAGCUCUUAUACGCCGUCGGCGAUCCCACACGCAUAACCCUAGCCCGCUCAGCCGCCAAACCAGCGCAAGCGCUUGCGAUCCUCGAGACCGGUGGCUUUGAGCAAUGCGGUUUCAACGAUGCAGAUCUGGCGUUGAUGUGUGCCUCGCAUAAUAGUGAAGACAAACAUAUCUCUCGGGUUCGUGCAAUGCUCGCCAAGGUCCCUGCCACCGAAACGGAUCUGCGUUGUGGCGGACACCCUGCGCUGUCGGAGACGGUGAGCCGGAAUUGGAUCAAGCGGGAUUAUACACCCACAGGAAUUUGUAACAAUUGCUCGGGAAAACAUGCGGGUAUGCUGGCUGGCUCUAAGGCGAUUGGUGCUGAUUUGGAAGGUUAUCAUCUCCCAGCUCAUCCGAUGCAGGUGCGGGUGAAGCACGUCGUUGAGGAACUGUGUGGGCUGGACGAGGAUAAAGUGAAAUGGAGCAUUGAUGGCUGCAACCUUCCCGUGCCAGCCUUUCCCCUGAAAUACAUGGCCAAGAUAUAUGCUACGAUUGCAACAGCGUUAGAUGAGACAGAACGAAACCCCAACGCUUCCGAGAGGACCAAAGCUAUGGUACGGAUAUUCCGGGCGAUGGCGGAUCAUCCCGACCUAGUUGGUGGGGAAGGCAGGUUCUGUACCGUGCUUAUGGAGGCAUUUCAAGGUGAUCUCAUUGGCAAAAUCGGAGCAGAUGGUUGUUAUGGAAUAGGCAUAUGCGCUUCAGAGCAAACGAGACAGCUGGGGGCGGACGGUGCGAUUGGAAUCGCAGUCAAAAUCGAAGACGGCAAUAUUGGAAUUCUCUAUUCAGCCGUGGCUGAAAUACUCGAGCAGCUUCGGAUCGGGACGGCAGACAUGCGCAAUAAGCUUGCAAGCUUUCACGAACCCCAAGUAUUCAAUACUGCUGGUGCGGUCACGGGCGGAACAUCCAAUUCAUUCAGUAUUCGAGCUGUGGGUUGA